AUGGAGCAGUUGAUGGCCAGGUACUGGUGGAAAUCUGCCUCUAAGAACAGCAGGGGUAUUCAUUGGAAAAGUUGGGAGAAGUUGUCAACUCACAAAUCGAAAGGUGGUAUGGGCUUCCGAAACCUGCAUGAUUUCAACCUAGCGCUUCUUAGUAAACAAGGUUGGCGCUUACUGUGUCGACCCCAUACUUUAGUGGCUAAGAUCUAUGCAGCAAGGUAUUUCACUGGAGGUAGUUUCUUGUCUGCAAAGCUAGGUAGCAACCCCAGCUUCAUUUGGCGUAGCAUCAUUGAAGCUAAGGAGAUUAUUCAAGCUGGUGCGAGGAGACGAGUUGGGCAUGGGACAUGCAUAGAUAUUACACAAGAUCCCUGGUUACCAUGUGCAGCUAACCCCAGAGUCAGUACUAUCCACCCUUCUUUGACUAAUCAGAGAGUGGCUUCUCUGAUGACCACUGGGAGGAUUGCCUGGGAUGAAGAUUUGAUCAAGGAUAUGUUUAACAGUAGAGAUGCCCAGCUUAUUUUAAGCAUUCCUUUAAGUGCAAGUCGCCAGGAAGAUACAUGGUUCUGGGCUUUUGAGUCCUCAGGGCGUUUCUCAGUAAAGAGUACUUAUAAAUAUUUGUAA